AUGGAGGAGCAUAAGUCAAAGAAAAGUAGAUCAAGGAAGAGUAAAAAGAGCUCCCGUAAAAAUUCAAUGCACAUUAAGAAAAAUAGGCACAAAUCAGAAAAAAAGAAACUAAAAUCUUAUUCUCCUAGCCUCAAAGAGUCUACCGAUGAGGAAAGUUUUGAUGAUCAUUCAGAAGUGAUCCCCAGUCAAUGUUUCAACAGAACAAAUACAACCGCUAUGAGUGCAUUCAUAUAAAUAAGCUCUUUUUCUCAUGCAGAGGGUGUAAUAAGGAUGAGAGAGAGCCUUCACCACAAGAGAUGAAACUGAAGAAGAGAGUAAAGAAAACUUCGGGGACGAUGUUUCGGGAGAAAUUAGGAAGGAAAGAAACGACAAAAUUUAAACCUGUGCCUCAAGUUAUUAUUGAUUUCAUACUUCAAAAGCAUAAAGGGAAUUGGGCCAAAACCACAGACCUAGUGAAUAAGCGGUAUAGCAAUACAGAUGGGUCUGUAAGAACCUUCAACAGUAUUGAACUCAAAAGAAGUUACGAAAAUACAAAGAAAAAACAAAAACGGCGAAGUGAAAAAAAUUAAUGAUAAAAAGAAAAACUUCUCUCGACAUAGGAGAGACGACGUUGACUCAUAUAAGAUAAACAUAACACCCUUCGAUGAACCCAAAAAUCCACCUAAAACCGACACCUCUACCAUAAAACACGGAGACACAAUCCUGCCUCCAACACCCGAUUACGAAUUCCUUGCCUCAAAGAACAGCAGGGACAGUACAAGCCAUGACGAUGAGAGACCUCCUGAGAAACAGAACUCAUCAAGCCUUUAUAAAAUGAAGUUAGGGAAAUCAGAAGAUGAAGGAUGAAGCAGAAGUAUGUUCGGAGAAGCAUAAAAAGGAUUUGGGGCAUUUUUAUUUCUGUUUA